AUGGGUGACAUCAAGCUUACAGUACGAACAGUCCUCGUCAAACCCUCUACCACCACCACCAUCAUCAUCAUCAUCAUUGUCUGCAUCACCAUCCUCAAGGCCAUCCUCAACAGCUACUCCUACACAAUUUUCAUCAACACUACUGUCAUCAACCCUUGA